GGCCACUCAAUUAGGAUCAAUUCGGCGUAUCAUUGACGUGAAUCUACUCCGUUGGGAAGGAACAUACCAUCCAUCUACGUGCCGUGCCCUCCUCAUCUGAUCUCAACUGGCUGGCUACCUUCGGAUCCAGUCGUCGGAAAGAACUCACCCAGCUCCUUCGUUUCUCCUCACUCACCCUCUGGUCUACCUCGGCUCACACGACCACUAACAUUCUGACUCCUACAUUCUAUCACUCGUCUUCGAUUAGACUACCGUCAUUCCAAUCUCAUCCUCUUCUUUGUUUGAUGCCUCUGCAGUAUUGGAGCUUCAUCAGAUUUGAUCAGUGCCUGGCUCUCUUUUGUGAACCUUGAUUGCUCUGCUCAGUAGCAGUCGCAUUCAAUUUUACCGCCCAACCAACUUACAUCCCAUUUGUCGCAAAUCAUCAGCCACGAUGCCUUCUCGAACUAACGGUGUCGGCGUUCAGGCCGAAGAUACCAGGAUCUGCGUGGUCAUGGUUGGUCUACCAGCCCGAGGCAAGAGUUAUAUUGCCCAAAGAGCCCAGCGAUAUCUUCAGUGGCUCUCCAUCCCUGCUCAGACUUUCAACGUUGGCAACUACCGCCGCAAUGAUGCACCACAACCCACGGCCGACUUUUUCGAUAUCAACAAUCCGGAAGGAGAACGCACCCGCCGUGCUGCCGCUGAGGCUGCUGUUGCCGACAUGCUCGCCUGGUUCCGGUCUGGCGGCAUUGUUGGUAUUCUUGAUGCUACCAAUUCUACUCUGGAACGCCGUAAAUGGGUCCUGGAGGUCUGCAACGAAAACGGCAUCGAGGUUCUCUUUGUCGAGAGCAAGUGUGACGACGAAGAGCUUAUCAUGGCCAAUAUCCGAGACGUCAAGACUACCAGCCCGGACUACCGUGGACAGGACCCUGAGACUGCCGCCCUCGAUUUCCGUAACCGCAUUCGCAACUACGAAAAGGUGUACUGCACCAUUGACGCUGAUGGCAAAGAGUCUCACCUGACUUACCUCAAGAUCAUGGAUGUGGGUAAGCAAGUCAUUAUCAGCCGUAUCCGAGAUUAUCUCCAAAGUCGCAUUGUGUACUAUCUCAUGAAUCUGCACAUCCGUCCUCGUUCAGUUUGGCUAUCAAGACACGGUGAAUCCUUGUAUAACAUUGACGGAAGAAUUGGCGGUGAUACGCUUCUCUCUCCUCGUGGUGAACAAUAUGCCAGAAAACUUCCUGAGCUUGUCCGAAAAUCAGUUGGUGACGAUCGACCACUCACAGUAUGGACCUCAACUUUGCGACGUACUAUUGCUACUUCUCGUUUCCUUCCACAGCACUAUAAUCAACUCCAGUGGAAGGCGCUCGAUGAGCUUGACUCAGGAGUAUGUGAUGGCUUGACCUACCAGGAGAUCAAGGACCGAUAUCCCGAGGACUUUGCCGCCCGUGAUGAAGACAAGUACAACUACCGAUAUCGUGGCGGAGAGUCGUAUCGCGACGUUGUUAUCCGCCUUGAACCCAUCAUCAUGGAAUUGGAGCGAAGUGAAGAUAUUCUUAUCGUCACCCACCAAGCUGUGCUACGAUGCAUAUAUGCAUACUUCAUGAAGAAGGACCAGUCUAAGAGCCCUUGGAUGAACGUGCCCCUACAUACCUUGAUCAAACUUACCCCAGGAGCCUACGGUACCGAGGAAGUCCGCUAUGAGGCCAAUAUUCCUGCUGUCAGCACCUGGAGAGGCAAGGGUAGCACCGCUAAGCACGAGAACCCAGCCCCUGGUGUCAUGUAAUACGAUAGACAACAUUGUCAAGUUUCACAAGGGUCCUACGACCUGUGCUUGAGUAUACGGCGAACAUGCGCCCGGUGGAUGACUGUUACGAUUUGAAAUGAGCUUGCAUAUGGAACAGAUUUAGGGGUAUGACGACACGGGAAAGCAUUUUUGAGGGGCAUUCUAUGACUAU